CCGGGCUCAGCCCGCCUAGAGCCGCCGGCCGCGCCGGGCCCGCGCCGCAGCCUCCGGGACGGACUCCGAGCACUUUACAUACAUGAGAGAAUUGGAAGCUAAAGCUACCAAAGAAGUCGAAAGAAAACUAAGCAGGGCUUUCCUGCCUCAUUUAUGUGGAACUGAGAGAAGGGAUUUAGUGCAAGAAGAGGAAGAACAGUUGAUGGAAGAAAGGAAAAAGAGAAAAGAAGACAAAAAGAAGAAGGAAGCUGCUCAAAAAAAGGCCAUUGAACAAAAAAUCAAAGUGCCAGAACAAACCAAGACAAGUGUAAGCCAGCCCCAGCCUGUCACCUCCAGCGGCACUUCCACAGGAACCAGCACUACUAAUAAUGCCAAGCGGGCCCCAGCCAGCAGCCAGCAGCAGCCCUUGCCUCGAUACCCUCCUCGGGAAGUACCACCACGAUUCCGACACCAGGAACAGAAACAGCUUCUGAAACGGGGGCAGCAGUUACCAGUGAUAGCUGCAAACCUGGGAUCCGCUCCAGGCCAGGCAGGAGGCAGCACUGGCACCAGUAACCAGCCCGUGACCAACGGAGAAGUGCCCAACAGCAGCAAAAAACAGCCAGGCAUGCCUCCCAUUCGGGACUUGGUGAGCCACUCCCCUAACCAGUCAGAUCUGAACCACAGUGGUCUAGGAUCCCAUUAUGAAAAUUCUCACUGGGGACCAGUCUCUUCAAAUAGUGACUCCAGCACAAACUGGGAUAAAGUUAUCGUAGACGGCUCUGACAAAGAAGCAUGGCCAUCAAUCACUGGCAGUGACCCAGAGCUGACUUCAGAAUGUAUGGACACUGACUCUGCCUCCAGCUCUGGGUCGGAGCGGAACCUCGUCAUCAUGGCUUCAGGGAGCACAGGAGAGGGCGAUGGCAUUCGCAAUGGCAUCGGACAUGGGGCUCAGAAUAAGUUUGUGGUUGGUAGCAACAGCAAUAAUGUGGGCAAUGGAAGUAUUAAUGGGCCGUGGGGGUUGUCCCACGGGUCCUUAAUAAGCACAUGUCAAGUUUCUGUGGAUGCUCCUGACAGCAAAUCUGAAAGUAGCAACAAUAGAAUGAAUGCUUGGGGCACCAUAAGCUCUUCAUCAAAUGGAGGGUUAAAUCCAAGCACUUUGAAUUCAAAUGGCAACCAUGGUGCCUGGUCCGUGUUGGAGAACAGUGGACAUGCCCUGAAAGGGUCCGUGGGGAGUGGGAGUCCUGGCACAAGCAUUCAGUGCAGUACCAUAGGUCAGAUGGCCAACAGCCAGAGUAUUAACUCCAAAGUGGGUGGCUCAGCCCACGGUUCCUGGGGAAGCCUUCAGGAAAGUUGUGAUUCUGAAGUAAAUGGUACAAGGAAUGUUUCAUUCAGUGGGCAACCUCAAAACCUUAACACUGAAAUGAAUGGACCAAAUAACACUACUAACUUUAUGACCUCUAGUUUACCAAACUCUGCUGGUUCGGUGCAGAUGAGCGAGCUGCCCAGCACUGCAGGGCCCGGGGCCUGGCGCGUGAGCACAAUGAAUCAUUCUCAGAUUCAGGCCUCUCCAGUGGCAAACGGCACUUCCAUCUCUCACCUGAGCAACGGGGAGGCCAAAGCUGGCGGCUCUUACGGUACUACCUGGGGUGCCUAUGGUUCUACUUACUCUGGAGACAAAUGUCCAGGCCCAAACAGCCAAGCUAAUGGUGACACUGUGAAUGCAACUCUAAUGCAGCCGGGCGGCAGCGGGCCUGGCAGCACUAACUUUCAAAUCAACGGGAAUAAAGGCGGAGGGGUGUGGGAGGCAGGGACAGUCAGCUCCCAGAACAUGCCCUGGGCGAACGGGAACGGGGCCAGCGCUGGCGGGAGCCGAAGAGGAUGGGGCAGCCCCGCACAAAGCACUGGCACCAACAUUCCCAACGGGGAAUGGAGCAAACUGCCCGGCAAUCAGCAUUCCAAUGAAGGUAUGAAUGGAAACAGCAGGAAGUUUACAAACGGAUGGAAGGCUGCUGAGGAGGAUGAUGUGAACAGCCAGGGCUCUGGUGCCUCGCAGAUGGCUGAGCAGAGCAGCUCGUGGGCCAAAGCAGGUACGGGGGACAGCGAGGGCGGCGCCGAGAGCGCCGCGGGCCACGAGGACAGAGCGGCUCCGGAGGGCCAGAGCCGGGACAGGAGGAAAGUCGACCAGCACACGUUACUCCAAAGCAUAGUGAACAGAACUGACUUAGAUCCACGUGUCCUUUCCAACUCAGGUUGGGGACAGACUCCAAUCAAACAGAACACUGCCUGGGAUACCGAAACAUCGCCGAGGGGUGAAAGGAAAACUGACAAUGGGACAGAGGCCUGGGGGGGCUCUGUGACACAGACUUCCAGCUCAGGGGGGUGUGUGGAUAGACCUAGCCCUAACAAUAACGAUACCUCAUCUGUAUCGGGGUGGGGAGAUCCAAAGUCUGCUACAAGCUGGGGAGACUCCAAAGGGUCAAACAGCCAAGGGGGGUGGGAAGAAGAUUCUGCUGCUACA